AUGCAACUCACCAAAUCCCUUCUGCUGCUGGCAGCCUUGACCACCACCACAUUCGCUCGCCAUGAAGGCCACCAGAGGCGUCACGCCUCAAUCGCUCAUGAAGAACUUCACAGGCGUCAAGCCCCGACCACUACGACAACAACCGCUGCCACCGGCUCUUCUUCCGACGCUUCGUCCAGCUCGUCCAGCUCCGGCUCCUUCUCUACCGCCGGCUUCGGUAAGAAAACAGUCAACAAAGGCGCAGGUAUUACAUACCAAGGCAAUGUCGGCGACCCCUGGGGCAGCAACAUCAUCGAAAUCUCCGAGUCUGACGCCGAGCAAUACAAAUAUGUCGCCAAGAUCUCCGGUCAGAAUAGCGAUCCCUGGGAUAUCAUCUUCUUCAACAAGUACGGCCCUGCUGGCCUGAUGGAUGGGUGGUUCGGCCAUUCCGCUUUGAAGCUCACUCUAAACUCCGGCGAGACCAAAUAUGUUGCCUUUGACGACGACACCAACGGCGGCUUCGCGGCUGCCCCAGGCUCCGACAUGCCUCUUGACCCUGGUGGUGGGUACGCCACGACCUGGGGUGAGUUUGAUUUUGGCAGCACCGGUAACGAAGGGUGGUCUGGGUUCGAUGUCUCUGCGAUCACGGCUCAGGCCGCUGGUAUGACCGUUCAGGGAAUGAAAAUCUGUGAAGAGGUUAGCGGGACUUGCUCUAGCAUCACGCCAGAUGCUGCCCAGGUGGACAAUGCGUAUACGAAGGCUGAGACUGAUAUUGGUGGUAUUGGUGGGAAUAUUCAGCAGGAUCGAAGGAUAGUGCUGGACGUUACUAUCGACUACCAGGGUUAAAAUGUUGAUUGAAUGCUUGAUGCAUGUUAUGACU